AUGCUUAACAUCACUCGAACCUUUCGUCAAAUUACCCCGUUAUCACUAGAUAAAGCUCGGUCAUUUUCUGCCAGUGAAUAUCGCGCGCAGACCCAUAAUAAUUAUAAUGGGCAGGAUACACCAAAGUCAAAAACGCCAAUAGGUGGUUUUCGGGGAGGUCUUAUCGGUUUUCUUCUCGGGUUUACACUUGCAAGUGGUGCUGGGUAUGUCUACUUGUUGGACGAUUAUCAUGCUGCCUCAAACCUUUUGUUAAGCUCGGUUGAAGAGUUGCAGUUGUCCACGAAUAAGGUGCGAGAUUAUGCUAAAAAAAUCGAGCGAGUUGAAGGAGAUCUCAGAUCACUUCAAAAUCAUGCGACCACAAAGGAUCAAUUAUCAGAGUUAAGAAAAGAAGAUACUUUAGACGAGAAACAACUUGCAUUAAAAGUUCAGAUUUCUAGCCUUG